UUGUUUUUGGCAGGAAAGGACAGACUCAGAGGCAAUGGCGGGAUCAGACUGGACCUGUAGUGUCUCCACAAUGCGUGAAUGGGAGUCCCCAGAUUACGAGCCGUCGCUUCCUGUUUCAGAGAAGUCAAACCCUCUGACGCGUGACAUUGACAGAGCCUCGCCCAAUCACAUCGUGAGGAUGUUGCAGGCCUGUGACAGCCAGAUGUUUCAGGAAGAGGAGGGAACUACUUAUCAGAGGCUUUUAAGUGACAACGUGGUGAUGACGAUGAUGGAGGUCGCUGAGAGAGUGGAGCUCAUUCUGAAGGAUCCUCAGGACAGCCUUGUUGUACUGAGUGGAUGUGGGACUUCUGGUCGACUGGCUUUCCUUAUCGCGUCAACUUUCAACAGAGCACUGAGGCAGUUGAAGCAGAGUUCAGUCUAUUCAUACACCAUUGCAGGAGGAGACAGAGCUCUGCUUUCCUCCCAAGAGGCUCCUGAAGAUGACCCCACACUAGGCAUGCUCAGUCUGAAGAAGGUCUGUGAAGGGAAGAAGCAGGUCUUGUUUAUUGGCAUUUCCUGUGGAUUAUCUGCUCCAUUUGUAGCAGGUCAGCUUGACCUCUGCCUGCAGCACCCUGAGGUCUACACUCCUGUACUGAUUGGCUUCAACCCUGCACAUCAGGCCAGGGAUGAGCCCAUAGCGGAUUGCACAUUCACUUUUCACAAUGUGGUAGAAAGGAUGCUGGAGCUUUCCAAAAGUCAGAUGGCCUUUCUCAUCAACCCAUCAGUUGGACCAGAAGCCAUCAGUGGCUCCUCCAGGAUGAAAGGAGGCAGCGCCACAAAGAUUCUCCUGGAGGUCAUCAUGUCCGUUGCUCAUGCUGCUGCCUUCUCAAACACACCCAUCACAUCCAAGGGCAUCCUGCAGCACUUGAAAGCAUAUGAAAAGACUCUGGAUAUCACAUACUCUCAGACUGAGGGGAUAAGUGGUCUGGUGGAGGCAGCUGGAAAGAGUUUACGCUGCGGUAGGUGUGUGUGUUACCUGGGCUGGGGCUCUCCGGCUGUGCUGGGCCUCAUUGACGCCAGUGAGUGUAAUCCCACGUUUGGAGCAGCCUUCGAAGAUAUUCGAGGUUUCGUGAAUGGAGGGUACAGAGAGCUGAACAACAAUGAAGGCCCACUUAAUUCACUGGGUCCUGAGUUUUGCAUAGCACAUGAGGAUUUUGUGCACCAAGUCCUGCCCUCUCUCAAUGACCAGGACACAGUUCUACUCAUCUACACACACUCAGAUAAUGUCAGUGAAGUGAUGAAGAUGGCACGCAGAGUGAGAGAGAAGACAUCCAACCUCCACGCGGUCUAUCAUCAAAUUGAUGGAGACACUGCUACUGCUUUACAAGAGGACAUCAAUAAAUUGUGUUUAUCCACACUAAAAGUCUCUUGGCCGUCAUCUGCUUCAGCGAGCUCACUACACAUGCAGUUGGAGCUGUCCACUAAGCUGGUGCUGAAUGCCGUGAGCACUGGCGCUCAUGUCUUAAAGGGGAAGAUUUACCAGAACUACAUGAUCGACAUGCAGGUCACCAACAGCAAACUGUACCGCAGAGCCACACGUUUACUCCAGAAACUCUCUGGUUGUCCCGAGGCCCAGUGUGAGGAGGCGCUUCUGAAGGCCCUCUACAGAGUGGACAAGUUGACUGCUGACAUUACAUCCUCUGACAUGACUGCACACAUACUCACUGCUAGAAACACAACUAAGGUGGUCCCUCUGGCUUUGGUCUGUUUGCUGACUGGUUGCUCUCUCGGGGAGGCAAAGUCUCAUUUGGAGCAGCAGCCAAUCGUGAGGGAGGCUGUGGAGGCUUUCCUCUCAUAACUUGCAAGGCCUGACAUCAUCAUCAGAAAGAGAUUGAAACAGGCAAAGUCUGAACACACAUGCAGUACAUUAAUAUAUUAAAUUGAACCCCUGUUUCCUGUCCAAUGAUAGCUCAGAGUUAUGUGGGACUCAGAUACAGAGAAAUCUAACUAUCUUUAGUCGAAGUGUAACUAAUCCUAACCCUAACCCAGUUGAGUCACAGGUAAACAAAGUCUGCCAUUACUGGCUCUUGCUUUGAUUAUGAGGUAAGGCGUAUUACAAGCCAAAAGGUGAACUCACACACAAACAACAUCAUGGCAUUAAGUAGCAGACUUAUCACCUCAACACUAGAAAACCUUAUCAGAAUAACCUGCGUAUUAUACUCUCAGUCUGUAGUGUAGAUGGAAGAUGUUAGAAUAUAGUGUGUGUAAUAAAAUCGGGAAAAUACUGUUUUAAAAAAUGUAAUACACUUUUUUUGGA